UGCGUUUUCCUCAGCGGAAGCUUGAAAGGCGGAAAAGAUGGCGGUCUUAGCGAUGGCAGCCAAGGGCUCAGGGCGGGUUUUCUGCCUCUUCGCUGGCGUAAGGAAGGGCGCUGUUUCCUCUAGUGCAGUUGCAUCAUGGAGACGGGAGUGUAGUUCAUAUAGUGAACCGUUGUCCAGUAAUGCAGAUAUGCCAGUGCCAAUGGACAAUCCCUAUAAGGAACCUCCUAAAAAGUGUGUCUUGUGUGGGGUAGCUGUUGACUACAAAAAUGUACAGCUUUUAUCACAAUUUAUUUCGCCAUACUCUGGUCACAUCUUUGGAAGUCAUAUAACAGGCUUAUGUAUGAAGAAACAGCGAGAGGUUGCAAAAAAUAUUAAAAGAGCCCGACAAUUGGGAUUUAUGUCGGUUACAUUUAAGGACCCAACAUUCCUCAGCGACCCUAAAGUAUGUAGUAUCAAAUAUCCAGAUUGAAUUAUGUUAACUGUACUUAAUAAAACUGAUUUUGUAACUGA